AUGUCAGCAAGCGAGGACAAACCGGUGAUAGUCGGCAUAUAUGGUGUUUCCGGAUGCGGGAAAACAACACUUGUUGAACGUCUGAAGACGACUCUCGGCGAGAAAGACUUUUCGUUCUUCGAUGGCUCUCAAAUUCUCAGCUCCCUGGUACGCGGAGGGCUAGCCGCCUUCAAGCAGAAGCUUGACUCCGAAAAGGCUGUCUACCGUGAAAUUGCCAUUCAACACAUCGCAGCAAAAUGCCAGUCAGACCAGACAGUGGGUAUUGUCGCUGGACACCUCACUCUCUGGACCGGAAAUGGCGCCCUGGCGAUACACACGCAGGCCGAUCUCGACACAUACACUCACAUUUUGUACCUUGACACACCCCCUGAAACCAUUUUCGAGUAUCGCCUGAAUGACAACAAGCGGGACCGCCCGGACAUGAGUGUGGAAGACUUGCGCCGGUGGCAGUGGAACGAGAAGUCGAGAGCAAAGACUUUGUGUCGCCAGCAUGGCAUCAUGUUUAUCAACCUGCGGCUUCCUUUGGAGCCUGGUAUGUCCCGUGCCUUAAAUCUGAUGCGAGACAUUCGAGAUCACUCUGAGCAGGAAAACCUGCGACGAGCACUCGCCAGGCUCGACGAUAUCGUGGCCCCUUUGUCGAACAAGAUCGAGACUAUCCUAGUCUUGGACGCAGACAGGACUUUAGCGCCCCUGGAUACUGGAGCAAGGUUCUGGGGCGAGCAUCUGAAGAUGGGCGAAGAUGGAAGCAACAGACUGAAGCAGUUUUUUGGCCAUUCAGUUUGGGGCUAUUCGUACAAGGCUUUCCGGCAAGCUGCAUGGCUUUAUGAAGAAAUCCCGGAACCUGAAUUUGAGCGACUUUGCCAAGUCAUUGCUGAGGAAGUCAACUUGCACCCUGAACUAGCAGAUCUUCUUCACUCUGGGGGGAAAUUGAGGCAUAUCAGAGCCGUGGUCGUGACUUGUGGGAUCAAGCGCAUCUGGGAAGUGGUUUUGCAACGUGUACAGUCUUCGGCCCACGUCGACAUCAUCGGGGGUGGGCGGAUUUCAGACAGCUUCGUUGUCACACCAGAGGUCAAGGCAGCAGUUGUCGAGCGCCUCCGCAAGCACUAUGGAGUGCAAGUCUAUGCCUUUGGCGACAGCGAGGUGGACAUACCGAUGUUGAGGGCAGCCGAUCGCGCUUACGUUGUGACAGGAGACGUCGAGACCAGGAGCAAGAGCAUGGAUCAAGCCUUGCUGAAUGCUAUCAGCAGUGGUCUCUGCCCGAGACAGAUACUCUUGCCCCCCGGCUCACGCCCCAGACUGGCCGAAGGCGUGGUUCCGAUUGUCGAAAUGAACGCCGCCUUCUUCCACGACAUACUUGCCCGACGAUCGAAUGAUCCACAGCUCGGCCGCGUCCACGCAACUGGCUCAGCGGCAGCGAAAAUUCUCAUGACGCCAAUGAGAGACGCGGGCGUCGCUGGCCCAGGCUUGCGAGAGGCACAUCGAAAUGCAGGUUGGUGGAUCGCAACACAACAUGUAUCAGAGAUGAUCGGAUGCGAGGAGAUCAAGAUUCCUCACGUACAGAAUCACCAGACUGAGGGGUACCGACUCCGCGGUGAAGACAAGACGACCAUUGUUGCCUUGAUGCGAGGGGGCGAGCCGAUGGCCUUGGGCGUGAGCGAGGCCUUCCCAGCCGCCGUGUUCGUCCAUGCGAAAACCCGGGACGAUCUGACGGAGCAGUACAUCAGAGGUCAGAGCACUAUCCUUCUUGUGGAUUCUGUUGUGAACAGUGGAAAGACCAUUGUUGGUUUCAUCGAGCACAUUCGGAGCAUCGAGAAGAGCGUGCGCAUUGUGGUCGUUGCCGGCGUCAUCCAGGCCAAGUUCUUUACCAACCCCGUGGCCCAGGCCGAUCGGAAUGUCGGCUUGGUCGCGAUGCGCCUCUCCGAGAAUGAGUUCAAAGGAAAGGGGCAGACAGACACUGGAAACCGAUUGUUCAACACCACACAGUUGGACUAGACGCGCGAGCUGCUCCGGAGUGCCGCGACUCGGGAAGAAGUCUAUGUAUUUAGCACAGAUAGUGUAUGGUCGGAAGCCUCAGCCCUCGAGCUGUCUCUUGGAACAAAAGUGCGCCCGUCGACAUGGUGGUUGCUCAAUGACCGGCGUCUGGGUCUUCUGUUGCGUAGCUCGGUUACUAUCUCACGUCAUCGGCCCAAAGGGAAAGUUUCCGUGAUAUUUGCGUCACAAAUUAAGCCUUCACAUGCCUAGAAACCGAGAGGUGAGUGCGAGACAAGUCCACCUGCCCACUAUUACUGAGGUGGGCACCUGGGC